AUGAAAGAAUUGACUAGGAAUGCAUAUCAAAUGGCACUGAACAUUGGACAAGAGAACAAAGGGCUCAUGUGGAUAUUGACCUGGAUUGAUUCACUGCUCAAAAGCACAACAUAUGAAAUAUUCGUGGCCGAGAAUUUCUUCAUCUUCAACCUCGUGCCCAGUACCGUGAUCGUCACAGCUGUUGGUUCGUUCGGAAACAACUUUGAGACCCCCUUUCCUGCUCGUCCUCCGGUUAUUGCUGGUUAA